AUGUGGACUGGGCUCGUUCUCAUAGCGGCGAAGCUGGUUGCCUCGCGUGCUGCCGAAGACAAUCUGUGGAUUGCAUUGAAGCACGUGACCGGACUGACAGACAGGGAGCUGUCCCACUUUGCCGAUGAGCUGCUCACCUUGCAGCCGCCAUCCCAACGAGAUCUUUGGCAGAGAAAAGUUCACUGCACUUUGGGGACUUGUGGACCGGAGGCAACGAGCCGCCUUAUCGCCGCUCUGGGCGAAAAUGAGAAGUUGCCUUCCAGGACCUUCGAGCUGUUUCCUGGUGACCCUCUGUAUCAAUACUGGAAGGAGUCGGACAGGCAGAAAUUUCACUCCUGGAUUGAUGGGGAAGCUUCAGAGGAAGAAACGAUCGAAGCCUUGAUACCUGAGGGUCAGCCGCUGGCAUCCGGCCGAAUCCAAGCAGCUCACUUUACUUGGAAGGCGAAAGAUUUGGUCUUGAAGCUCCUUGGCCCGGCAGCUGGUGCCUUUGGCGCCUUAGGGCGCUGUUUGGAAUGGGACACGCCUUUCUACACUAUCAAGGCCUUUGGACCGCUCUGCUUUCGCCAUGAUGUGCUUCAGUACGCCGAUCCCCGCGCCGGCCAUCCAGAGAAGAUGCAGACGUACAGCAAGGGUACCAGGGUGAUGGCUUUGGACGUUCUUCGGCCACCCGAUUGGAUGCCUACAGACUACGGCCUGGUCGUGUGCUUCUUCGUUUUGGAGCAUGUUCCGGACCCACACCAAGCUGCGCGUGGCAUUGCCAAGUUGCUUAACCCAGGCGGUUAUCUCUUGCUGGGUGCUCCCUUCAUUGACGGAGUGCACGGUUGCCCUGACGACUUCUUCCGCUACACGCCUCACGGGCUGCGAAAGGUGGCGGAGGGAGCCAAGCUGGAGGUGCUGCUCGAGUUCUCUCCUGGCAUGACGGUUGCAGCUGCUGGGGACUUUAUUGGCAUGCGGUCCUCUUAUUGGCGAACCGAG